GUGCAAGCAACAAUAAUUGAACUUAUCAAGAACAAUACAUAACAAAGCAAGUAGCAACAAGAAUGGAGAAAGUAACAGGGAAAGGCCAUAGAUUACUACUCAUGCCAUUACCAUUCCAAGGACACAUAACACCAUUGCUGCACCUUGGAGACAUACUGUAUUCAAAGGGCUUCUCCAUAACCAUCAUCCACACAAGUUUCAAUUCCCCUGACCCGUCCACACACCCUCACUUCACCUUCCUUCCCAUCCAUGAAUCCUUGUCUGAAUCCGAAGCUUCGUCCAUUGACUCUUUGCAUCUCGUUGACCUCAUCAACGUUAGAAUUAUACAACCUUUGAAGGAAUGUUUGGAUAAGUUGAUGCGGUCAAAGGAGGAGACUGUUUCUUGUUUCAUCGCUGAUGCUGUUCUGCAUUCAACUCAAUCUGUUUGUGAUGGAUUCAAGCUUCGGAGACUCGUUUUGAGGACCGGCGGCGCCACCUCCUUCGUUGUUUUUGCUUCAAUCCCUCUUCUUAGAGAGAACGGUUAUUUUCCAAUUCAAGAAUCUCGUUUGGAUGAGCCUGUUGUGGAACUUUCACCACUCAAAGUGAAAGAUCUUCCAUGGUUCGAGACACGUGACCCUGAAUUGUUCUACAAUCUAACUAGUUCCAUUUUUGAUUCAUUAAAGGCUUCUUCAGGGGUGAUUUGGAACACAUUUGAAGAGUUAGAAUCAUCAACAAUAUCAAAAUUUGGCCAAGAAUUUAGCAUACCAAUAUACCCUAUAGGCCCUUUCCACAAGCACCACUUCCCAAAACCCUCAUCUUCUUUUACCAUAUGGACCCCAGACACAAGCUGCAUUUCUUGGCUAGACACAAAAGAACCCAAAAGUGUUGUUUAUGUGAGCUUUGGUAGCAUCGCAUCCAUAACUGAGGCCGAGUUUUUGGAGUUAGCUUGGGGUUUAGCCCAUAGUAACCACCCGUUCCUAUGGGUGGUUCGGCCAGGCCUGGUUCGUGGAUCAGAGUGGCUCGAACUAUUGCCGGACGGGUUCAUGGAGAGUUUGGGUGGGAGAGGGUGCAUUGUGAAAUGGGCUCCUCAAGAAAAAGUUUUAGGUCAUGAGGCAAUUGGUGCAUUUUGGACUCAUUGCGGUUGGAACUCAACUUUGGAGAGUGUUUGUGAAGGGGUUCCUAUGAUUUGUAUGCCUUGUUUUGGUGAUCAAAAGGUGAAUGCUAAAUAUGUGAGUGAUGUUUGGAAGGUUGGAGUAAAAUUGGAAGGGAAGGUUGAGAGGAUUGAGAUAGAGAGAGUUAUUAAAAGAAUAAUGAGUGGGGAUGAAGGAAAAGAGAUUAGAGAAAAUGUCUUGAAUUUGAAAGAGAAGGCAAAUUUGUGUUUGAAAGAAGGUGGUUCCUCGUAUAAUUACCUUGAUGCCUUGGUUAAUGCUAUGUAAAACUUCGUGUAUAGUUAUAUUUUAAUGUUUCGAAGUGAAUUUAUUUAAAAACAAAACACCAGCAAGUGAAGCUGUCGGUGUGGAGUCACUAAUCCAUCUACAAGGUGUUAAAGGAUCUAAAAGAAAAGAAAAAGUAUAUGGAAAUGGUACUGUUUUGUAAGAA